UAUAGAAAUUUGAUCAGGGCUCUUGAAAACUUCGAAAUGUUGAACCCAGAUGUGGUUGUCUGGGUCCAGGGCAAAGCUAUGGAUGCUAUUUGAGGCCAAGGUAUGAUCCAGAUUCGCAUCUGAACCUGUCAAUAUAUUCCUCUCAGAGUCAGGGAGCUCGCUUUGGUCCCCAGCAAAACAAAAUCAACUUGGAAAACGCCGACUGCCACCGACCUCUCAUCCACAAUCACAGUCACAACACUCCUUGCAAAUGUGUGGAUCUCUUCACCCACCUCACAUUAUUUAACUUCUGGUCUUCAUCUUCGUUCAAGAUGUUCGCCAUACCCACACAAACACUUCCCCGAAUCCGGCGGAUCUCCACAUUACUUAAACCAUCAUAUUCAUCCCUAAGUAUUACGGGUUCCCGCAACAAUCAUGUCUCUGACAAUUAAAGUACACGUCACCGAAAGCUUUAGCCUCAAUCUCCAGAGAGUUGGACGGAAAAAAAUCGCAAAUUACAGCGUUAGAAUACGACCGGGACCAAUUUAUUCUUCAAACCCAUUGACUGUUUAUCGACCCAGAAUGAGUACGGAUUCAGUUUCUGUUAAGUCUUCUUCAUCGUGUGUGAUUAAGAGCUCUUUGAUCGAACCAGAUGGUGGGGUCCUGGUGGAUCUGGUGGUUCCGGAGAAUGAGCGUGGACCCAAGAUGAUAGAAGCUGAAUCAAUGCCGAGAGUGAAUCUGACGAAGAUUGACUUGGAAUGGGUUCAUGUGAUUAGCGAGGGAUGGGCGAGUCCGUUAAGAGGGUUCAUGAGGGAGAACGAGUACUUGCAGAGUUUGCAUUUUAACUGUUUGAAAACGGGAGAUGGAAACAUAGUUAACAUGUCGCUUCCCAUUGUUUUGGCUAUCGAUGACGAGACUAAAGAGCGAAUUGGGUCAUCAACCAAUGUAGGGUUGGUUGGCCCCGGUGGAGACUUGAUUGGAAUUCUUCGCAGUAUUGAAAUAUAUAAGCAUAACAAAGAAGAAAGAAUUGCUAGAACUUGGGGAACAACCGCACCAGGAUUGCCAUAUGUUGAGGAAGCAAUUACUGCGGCUGGAAAUUGGCUCAUUGGUGGGGAUCUUGAAGUGUUAAAGCCCAUUAAGUAUAAUGAUGGCCUUGAUCACUAUAGGCUCUCUCCUAAACAACUACGGAAAGAAUUUAAUAGCCGUCAAGCAGAUGCAGUUUUUGCUUUUCAGUUGAGGAACCCUGUGCAUAAUGGUCAUGCUUUAUUGAUGAAUGAUACACGCGGGCGACUUUUGGAGAUGGGUUACAAGAAUCCAAUUUUGUUACUUCAUCCUUUGGGAGGUUUCACAAAGGCUGAUGAUGUGCCAUUGGAUGUUCGAAUGGAACAACACAGUGAGGUACUAGCAGAUGGAGUCCUUGACCCUGACACUACAAUUGUGGCAAUAUUUCCAUCACCCAUGCAUUAUGCAGGCCCAACUGAAGUUCAAUGGCAUGCCAAGGCUCGGAUCAAUGCAGGUGCUAAUUUUUAUAUUGUUGGUCGCGAUCCAGCUGGAAUGGGUCAUCCAACUGAGAAAAGAGAUUUAUAUGAUCCUGAUCAUGGGAAGAAGGUGCUAAGCAUGGCCCCUGGUCUGGAGAAGCUAAAUAUUUUACCAUUCAGGGUAGCUGCAUAUGACACAGUGGCUCAGAAAAUGGCUUUUUUUGAUCCUUCACGUGCAAAAGAUUUCCUCUUCAUCUCUGGAACCAAGAUGCGAACAUAUGCAAGGACUGGAGAGAACCCUCCUGAUGGUUUUAUGUGCCCUGGAGGAUGGAGAGUCCUUGUCAAAUAUUAUGAAAGCUUGCAAGCAGAAGACGCAACACAGCAACAGACUGUCUUAACAUCUUAAAUCUAUAAUAUGAGGUUUUGAUGAGUAAAUUAUGUGAUAGAAGCGAUUUAAAUGGAGUAUUUUCAAGCUAGUCUGAGCGGCUACCAUAUCUGGCCUGUCAAAGUAAUACUUAAGUAUUAUAUUUCUUUGACUUCUCCCGGUAUUUCAGGUUUAUCUUUCAACUAAAGUAUAUCUGAUAUGCCUGUAAUACAUAGUGUUAUUAAUUCUUUGAAAGUUACAUAAAUUAUAUCAUGUUCUGACUUGAUUUCUGAAAAUAAUAUGAUCAAUCCAUGGGAUUUUCCUUGGAUUAGAUCCAGAAGCAAUCGGCCAA